AUGAAUGAAGCUCUUAAAUCAAUGAUCAAUUAUUUGAUUGCUCUCAAUGAGGACUAUCAGAAAAUAUUCAUGAUCAUUAUGAUAGUCAUUAUUUGUAUCAAUGUCAUUGUUUAUCCUAUUGUUUACUUCACACAAAUAAAAAAGUUAAGAGAGAACAGAUAUGAAGUUUUACAGUUAAUGACAACUUUACCUAAAACUGUAAUAUCAGGAAUUUCUGCUUCUCUUAACAAAAUUAAAGAUGAAAAGACAGCAACACAAACAAUGACAAUAACAAACACAUCAUCAAAUCCAAAUUAUGAGCAAAACAGACAAGAAGAAAGCAUCAUUAAAUUGUUUACUUCUAUUUCAGAUGGAACAUCAAAAGCAUCAAUAGAAACAAGCAUUUUGAAUUUGAUGAUAAUUAUUGUUGCUUUAUCUUGUGUCAGCUAUUAUCUUGGAAUGAACUGUUUCAUGGUUUCUUCCAAUAAUUUGGUAUUUAACUGUCAUCAUAUUAACUAUUUGUUUGGAUCAGUUACUUAUUUAUUUGGUGUUUGUGCAAGAAUUUUCAAAGUUUCAUUAGCAACUUGUGAUGAAUCAUUUAAAGAAUCAAUAUUAAGUAUUGAUGAUGAAAUCCAAAAUAUUCAAAGAAUUUUGCCAUAUUUAGUUAACUAUUUCCAGUUCAUUCGUCUUGGAGGUGAAGAUAGAAGAGAAGUUCCAUUCUCUGA